AUGAGUCUAUUGGAGAGGGAGCGAAUGAGAGACGCAGAGAAAAGGAGAGCCGAGCUCGGAUUCUCGAGGGAUGAGGUCGACGAAUGGGAGGAGGAGCUCGAGUUUGAGGACGACUACGACUCUGAAAUGGAUGAUUUCAUCGACGAUUCGGCGGCCGAUGAUGAACGGGCACUGAGGAGGGAACUCGACAGCGCUUGCCAGAGCAUCAACAAGAACUACCACAAGAAGGAUAUGUGGAAGAUUCGCGAGCGACUCAUCAAUGAAAGGGACAUGGAGUCGAAUUUUAAGCAGAUCGAUAUGGAAGAGCGUCGUUCCCGUCGUCAGGGUCUUCUGGAGGAUAUUCGUGAAGCGAAAAAGGGCAACAGUGAGGUCAUC